AUGGAACCUGAAAAACGCCCCAACAGGCUUCUCGGAUUAAGUGUUCUUGGAAUUGGAUUAUUCUUCUACUUCGAACAUUGUGGCAAAUACUGUAUCCUAUCCCAAUUGGCGAUUCCUGUUGCUCUGAUGGCAAUCGGAGGAUCAGCGUUAGUGACCACCAGCCUAGGAUAUAUUGGUGCCUUUUAUAUCAAUCGAUGCAUUCUUAGAACUUUCACUGUCCUCCUCAUUCUUGUAUUUCUCGCUCAUAUUGGGGUUGGAGCAACUUUCUACCAAAUGCGCGAAGGUCUAAUACCCCUAGCCCUCGAGGAGAUUCGAUCUCUGAUUGAUGAAGCAGAAAGUUCAAAGAAGUCUGAAGCGCUUGCCAUAAUGGAGAGAAUUCAAAAUCGAUACAAAUGUUGUGGUGGAGACGGCCAAAAGGACUGGAAAGAUGAUAGCCCUCUUUCUUGCUGUGUUAACCCAAAUUACCUCGAUAAUAACUGUCGAUAUCCGGGCAUAUAUGUUCGUGGCUGUGCGUCGUCCAUUUUUCGCCAUUUCGAAGCAUCUUCUCACAUCUGGUUCUACUUGACGAUAACCCUUUUCCUUUUUGAAUUCUUCCUUGUAGUAGCAGUCUGCCAAUUCCAAUGCCAAUUAUCUGCCUACGUUCCACUAAUGAUUGAAUAA